AUGCUAUUCAACCUUGGAUUGACCGCGGAUGCAGCAGCAGCUCAUGACAGCGACGUCCUUGGUCCCCAAUCCGAUCUCCAGACCUCGUCGCGCCAUUCCUCGCCGCCUGUAUCCUUCGCGACGCUACCAACCUGGGGUCUGGGAAGCUUGUACGGCCGGCGCAAAAUAUUAUUGUCGAGCGAUGACGAGCAUUCGACCGUCGGGCCGACUCUAGCUUCCUCGAGGAUCGCUCGCUCAUAUUCGACUAGGAAACCAUCGUCGCGACCUAAAACGUCAUACCAAUUAGCGCAUCCCGCAUCCCACGCACGUCACAGGCGACUGAAACUCCGACCCAAGCUCCUCUUACAGCUCCAACAGGUGUCACAAACCCCGCGUCCCUUACCCAUUUUGGACGUCCUCCCGUCGAGUGUGUUUCUGCCUAGACUGGCCCGCAAAUUCCCAACCAUCUUUCGCGGCAAAAAAGGGCUUGGUCCCAACGACCUUAUCGUCGUCACCGGCGAUCGCUUUGAACAGAGCCAAGGCGAUUUUGCCGACAGGCAUCUGAGCUCCGAUGAAGAAAACGGAGAGCACCGUGAAGUUGUCGCAACGAUAUGCCAGCUGUUGACGGAUGAUGCACUAUCGAAAGGCAAAGCGGAGAUCUGCCUUAGUUAUGGACCAGUUUGGGAGGCGACACCUUUGGCCAAUGGCUCCUACGAGUUCGUGGCCCAGACCGACGAAGGUAUCCAGGUCCUGCGAUGGGUGCUGCGGGGAAGCAAGAACCGUCGUGUAUCGGCACCCCCAGAUUUUGGCCUGCAGGAAGACAGCAAGCGCUUCACAUUCAGCGUGAUCAACCCCAACACCCGCCGUCACCCUGUCCUCGCCACGAUGACCCGGAACCAUUUGGAGGUAUUCCACGAGUACUCAAUACCGGCCACCUCGGGGAUCGCUUCCCCUACUUCUGCCAUGUCGGUGAUUAGCGACCUCUCGGAGAUGGACGAGCCAUUGAGCGGAAGGAUGCCUGUUGACGACGACCUACGCAUGUUGAUUAUUGUUACUAGCUUCUGGGUGGCCUUCCGAGAGGGCUGGUCGCAUACCUUCAGCUACAACGACGCCGCUUCGACGCUCAACCCCAGAUCCCGCUGUCCGUCACGACAGAGCUCCCCGACAGCCGUUAGGGCUGAAGCCGAUCGGUCCUUGGAAGAAGAGGUCAGCAAUCCGACAGGCCCCGCCGCCACGAACCGCAGACAACACCGCAUGUCCACAUCCAGCUGCAUGUCAUCACCCCCCAACACAAUUUCCGACCAAUCAACGCUCGGGCGUCUAUCGAAACGUUCCAACUCAACCGGAGCAGCAUUCAUUGAGCGGACCAACCGACGUGCCUCUGGCACCCUCGGCCGCCUCAACCGCCACAGCACGCUUUCCAGCACUCGUGAGCCCGUCCAUGACGCGGAUACCAACGCUACGCCCACCCCGGCUCGACAAGAUUUGAGCACACGCAGACGCUGGUCCCACCGGAGAAAGUCCGAGGCGCAGGUCUCGAAGCAAGCGCCAGACAAGGACAUCGACCGGUCGCAAGGUACAAGAAACCCUCGCCCGCAGUCCCAACAACAACAAUUACCACCACAGCCGGACCGAGCAAACGGGAAUGCGUCUCCAUCGAACACCAAAUCCGUCGAGCCGACUCCACCCAAGGGCAAACGUCGACAUCGACUCAGCAGUCUAUUCGACUUCAUCAUCCGCAAAAGUGCCCAUUCACAUUGAAAUCCAUCCGUCCCACGACAGAGAAACAGAAGCCUGGUGCUUCUGAUAUGACCUCAUUGACCACACACCUCCACUCCCAUCCCCUUGUCCCACCUGGUGUUGGCCAUGUUAGCCAGAAAAACCCAGUACAGCGAGGCGCCAUCUUCAAUCCCAUACAUUUCACCUCCCUCUUGCAGAGGUUGAGCAAUACCCCUAUAUCUUUUUUUUUUCCCUUGUGCUAUGUCAUAAUAUCAUCGACCAUUGCAGAAUAUUGUCUUCGUAACAUAAGAGCCAGGAGCUGGAGCGUUACUGUCGAUAACAUUUAUUUUUUAUGGGACCAAGCUAACCUUGUUUAUUGUUCUUGGUCCCUGUACGAUUGUCUGAUAUCUUGAUAUCUUAUUUGUGUGACGGAUUUCAUCCGUUCAAACCCUAUCUAUCUCAGCUCACUUUAGCCCUUGCCCUUCCGCGAAUGAAUACCACGAUUAUCAAUGGC